AUGAACGUGACGGAGUUGAAUCUCUCAGAUCGCUGUGAGCAUUUCUCCUGUCCAGAGAGAUCUGUAUCUCCUGCAGUUUAUAUCUUACUGUACGUGUGUGGAGCUGCUGUGGUUCUUCUAACAGUGUGUGGAAAUAUGAUUGUCAUCAUCUCUGUUCUUCACUUCAAGCAGCUUCACACACCGACCAACAUGCUCGUGUUCUCACUGGCUGUGUCGGAUUUCCUUGUUGGUGUUAUAUUUAUACCGUCAAUGUUAAUCUGGACAAUCGAGUCAUGCUGGAUUUUUGGGACUGGUGUCUGCAUCAGUUUAUGGUUAAUUUGCAGUUUUCUCACAGUUGUAUCCAUCUAUAAUGUCGCUCUGAUCUCUGUGGAUCGCUAUGUUGCUCUUUCACACCCUUUUUUCUACACAAACACAAUCUCUAUGAGGAUGAUGUGCACUGUGGUUUACUGUAACUGGUGUGUGUGUCUGGCAUACAGCAUAACAUUCUAUUAUUUCAAUAUGAGUUUCAUGAAUUUUCUACUGUGUCCUGGAGAGUGUUUUUUCAUUGUGAAUGAUGUUUGGACUGUAAUUGAUCUUGUAAUAACAUUUAUAUUUCCACUUUCUGUCAUAAUCAUAUUGUACAGUCGGGUUUUUCUGAUCGCUAAGAAACACGCCACUGCUAUCAGAGAGCUUAAUAAUCACACACGACCUCAAACACAGAAAAUCACCUCCCACUCCAUGAAAUCUGAGAGAAAAGCAGCCAAAGUCCUCGGCAUUUUAGUGGCUGUGUUUCUGGCGUGUUUACUUCCGUAUUUUAUUUACACUUUAUUAGGUGACGUUAUUAAACUACAGACAGAAACCAGUCAAAUAGUCAUUAUUGUACUUUAUCUUAAUUCUACUAUUAAUCCAUUUAUUUACGCUCUGUUUUAUCCGUGGUUUAGGAGGUGCGUUAAAUUAAUUAUAACUCUGCAAAUAUUUCGCGCAAACUCUGCAUUAAUCAAUGUUCUCACAUGA